GGUGACAGAGUAUUCAGGACUUGGUAACUUGUUACAGAAAGUGUUAGUGGAAAAGUAUCUACCAGAACAGCUCGUGACUUUUGUUGCCCAGAUAUCCCAGGGAGUACAAUUUCUACACGAUAAUAAUAUAAUCCACGGUGACCUGAGAGCAGAACACAUCAUGGUUUUUCCUAAUGAUAAGGUAAAAGUUUCACGUCUUGGUCGAWCAAAGGCUGUUGGUAUGAUGAUUGACACUAAAUGCCCUAUGCCAGAAGAUGCUGUAAGAUGGAGCCCUCCAGAAGUGAUAAAAGACGGUAUUUACUCGCAUAGCAGUGAUGUAUAUUCAUUUGGUCUCGUGUGCUAUGAGUUGUUUGAUGCUCUUGAUGCAGCAAAAGAGUGUAAAACAGACGACGUCAAACCAUUUCCUACCAUCGAAGACAACCAGAUUCUGGCCCAUCUACAAGCAAACAAACGUCCAGCGAGGCCACAACUUAUGCCAAUAUGGGUUUACCUGGUUGCAAAGCAGUGUUUGCUGCAUUUGCCUUCUCAAAGACCGCCAUUCGUUCUCAUCGAGGAUGCCUUAACUUCCUGCAAACCCUUCGAAUCUUGCUUGCUGUCUCAUUGGGUUAAAAGGCACGAAAACGAGGCCGACAACAUUGACGUUAACGUGACUCAGUCAAAGAAAGCUAGUCAUGUGAUAAAAAAACCUCAUAAAACGUUUGGGGAGCUCCUCCAGCUUGCCCCAGUUGAGGUGUUCCUGGAUCACACUUAUGUAUACGCACGUGGAAACAAAGACUUUGGCGAAAAAGAGGGUGGACCAAGCUUUGUCGAUGAGAGUAAAGAAUCCGCAUACGAAGAGAUUCCUCUCGCCCUAAAUUCGGAAGAAUUUUGUAAACAGCAAAGUCAAGUGUAUAUGUGUCCGCGGGCUCUUCCUCCUAUUCCUGGCUCUUCUAGUSAAAGCGACAAAGAUUCGUCCACACAAGAAUCAGCGGAUACAUUAGGYCGAGCAAAAUCAGAAAUAGCUCUUUUUACACCAUCGUCGCCACCAUUCAACAUUAAAGCCUAUCGUCUCUCUCUUACCGAACAUGGGACUUCAUACCGAUUUGAUGAUAAUGUUGAACAUGAGACUUCAGAUCAUCCUUAUGAUAUUGUAGAACAAAACAACUCUUGUCGCCGUCUUCCAGAUCAUGAGACUUCAGAUCAACCUUAUCAGAAUGUAGAACAAGACAAAUCUUGUCUCAUUCUUCCCGAUCAUGAAACUUCAGAUCAACCUUAUGAGAAUGUAGAAAAACAUAAUGAAGCAGAGCAAAUGAUGGAGGAUGAGGGCGCUGUAGAAGGUGAACCUGUAGAAUGCUCUUUGCAACUUGCAUUGCCUCAGCGCAGACCUGACGACCAAGAGCACAUGUCAAUGGUCAGUAAUGGUCGUGGUGCUACGGAAUGUUCCUGGCCGUAUUCUUUAAGAUCACAGAAUGGUCAGCAGGAUGGGAGUUCUUCCAAUGAAGCACCUGACGACCAAGACAUACUGACAUCAUCUGACAUACCUGACAUACCUGACAACUAGUAAAUUACAUAUAAAUAACUCACUUUCCGCAGACAAACACCAACUUGCAGUACACUGCGUCUGAACAACAACUAUUCCUGAUGGCUCUCGAAUUCCAACAUUUGAUAAAAACACCAUUAGAAGCAAAUCACCUUCCUUAUUGGCUAUGGAAUGACUUUGCUCACCAUCUUACACCGGUUUUCACCAAGGAUUUAACAAUUCAAUCAAACAGCAGUCUGUUCCUUUCUUUUUGAAGACCUAUUUCUCAGCAAUAGCCAAUAAUAGGUUGUGCACAACUCAAAUCAAUUUCUUAAACCGAUAUCAUCUUGAAGAGGUUGGUCUUAAUCGAAUGUUAUCGAGAGAUCAUUAGCGAAGUUUGAUUUGCCUUGCGCAAAGCGUCAGUGAACAAAAUGACCCAUCCUAAGCAUUUUUGGUUCUUGAAAGACAAAGAAAACAUGGCGGUAAAGUGAAAAAUGUUGUUAUUCUUCCUUACCACAUUUCCGCUUCCUGUAGGCACGUAUAUUAUAUUUUAGUCAAAAGAAAACAGAAAAAUACAAAAACGUUAGGUUACAGUAGCCCUUGGAAUGAGGGCCGGCAACAAAACAGCUAAACGAGCUGUGAUUGGCUGAAACAAAUUUUACCGCUCAGUUGGAAGGGAUGCAACACAACAUUAUUUCUUCUGAAAUGUGAAGUAUGCCGAUGAUAUCACUAUCGGCACAUCAGUGAAGAUUGGCUUAGAUACUGCCGUCGCCGAGGUUGAUGAUAUAGAAAGGCAGGAUGAAAAUAACGAAAUGUCUCUAGAUAUAUACUAGACGUAAUAAAUGAUUAUCAUGCAUGAUAAAGUUAUCGAUUUGACGAUGAAUAUUACGGGAAGUAACAUAUUGAAAUAAGACGACGUUUUGGUGUCCUCAUGACACCAUCAUCAGGUCAAAAUAUCUGUUGAUUAUUUUAUUUUUGAGGAUGGUGUCAUGAGGACACCGGAACGUUGUCUUAUUUCAAUAUGUCGUACCCGUAAUAUUCAUCGUCAAAUCAAUAAUUGAUUAUAAAUGGUAAAUCCGCAAAGCCAACUCCACCACCUCUACCAGGAAUCAAAAGAAAUACGUACUUGAUCUUCAUCACAAACGAAAAUAAGAGUUUUGGUGGAAGUCAAUCAAAAGGAUUUCUAUCGUUUCUAUUGGUUUCUACACCAGGACUUGCGUGAAUACUCACGUGAACACGUGCAAAUGUGCAAAAACCGUUGCCCUUAUCUAAUGCUUCUUGUAGCUGUGAAUCUCUCGCUCUGGAAAUAUUUUCUCAAAAUUUCACAGGAUUCCGGCUCCGAAUCUCAAACGCUUGACUGCAAAGCUAUCAGCAUUGAAUAUGAUUUGAGUUUCUUCAAGAUCAGUUAAGUCAAUACCGGUAUCUUUGCAGUUAAGGAGGCUCGAAACGGUAUUUCUUGARCGCGCGCGCUCUAUAAAUUUUUAAUAUUCGAACUGAGAAAAAUCAAAAACUCUGAGGUGAAAUUUCUUCAAAUUUUGCAUAUGGCUUUAGUUUAUGUUUUCGAAAACUUUUUAAAAAAUUUAAAAAAUUCUGUAAGAGGGAACGAUUCCAAACAAAUUUUAUUGAGUUUUACGAAAUUCCUAUUACAGAUUUUUUUCCUUUUUUUGCCAAAAAGAAGAUUACGAUACAAACUUGAGAUAUUCCGGUUUUUAAAAAAUUCACCAUUCGGUUCCUGAGUUAUGAUUUUCUGAAUGAACAUUUUUGAUGGUCUUGGGCGCCGCACAUCAGGGCCCGGUUAUACGAAGCCUGGAUAGCGCUAUGCAACGGAUAAAUCUUACCCAGCGGAUAGAUUUAUUGGAUAACAGCAUUGACUUAUCCUAUGGAUAAGGAUUCAUCUGCCAGAUAGCGUUAUCCAGGCUUCGUACAACCGGACCCAGUAAAAGUAGUACUUUCAAGUGAGCGGCAGAGUCAAUUUACCUCACUUCUUAUAUAACGAUCAUUUGUAUCUUUGAGACACCCAAAUAAAAUGAAACCUCUUCAAUAAGCCUUUUCAUAGUUUAAGAAUCGAUUCGACUGCGCAUGCGAUUUUAUCCCGAAUUUCUCACCUUCUUUUGUUUAAUUAAGAACAAAAGAAGGUUUAGACAAAAGAAGGUGAGAAAUUCGGGAUAAAAUCGCAUGCGCAGUGGAAUCGAUUUUUAAACUAUGAAAAGGCUUAUUGACAAUUUCACUAGUUGAACGAGCUAUACCACUCGCACAUAUUAGGUCUUCGCUGAACAGUAUACAGGCUUUGUUUAGGUAUUUAGGAAAUGGAUAUGAGGAAAUUCUUAUUAUCCCACAGAACCGCUCAGUCGUGCAAUCGCCAUUCACCCAUAUAGCCAUUCGCUGUUCGGCCAUUCAACCUCAUUUGAAAUAGCUGCUGUAUACUACCAAUUGUUAACACUGGUACAAACAGACGCCUUUUCCAGUCAAUUGAUUAAUAGCUKUAUUAUUAUCAUAAUUUCAAUUCUAUUUUUUCCUUUUCGUUAGUUUGUCAAAGAUUCACGUUUGUUGCAUCUUAUUAUUGUAAUAAAUGAUAAUUAUUAUAAUCACUAAAA